UUCUAGUGGAGGCAGGGGCCUGGGGCUCUAAGUCAGCCGCCGCAGGCAGGGCCUGCCCUCAGCUCCGUGAGUCACGGGGCCUGGCUGUGUGAGCCAAGACGAAGCCUGGGGGUGAGGAAGCCGGCCAAGCCCCCGGGCCAGAGGCAGAGCCUGGAUUCAAUCCUACCUCUCAUCACAGCUCCAAGUCUGGAAGAAUCAGAACUUUAGGGCUUUUUGUUGUUUGUUUUUCGGGGCCUACACUGGGCUAUGCUAGGAAUUACUCCUGGUGAUGCUCAGGGGUGCAGGGGUCGAACCCAGGUGGGCUGCGUGCAAGGCAAGUGCCCUAACCCCUGCAGUACUGCUCUGGGCCCUUUAGGGUUUUUUGUUUGUUUGUUUGUUUGGUUUUUUUUUUUGGCUUUUGGGUCACACCUGGUGAUACACAGGGGUUACUCUUGGCUCAUGCACUCAGGAAUCACUCCUGGUGGUGUUCAGGGGACUAUAUGGGAUGCUGGGAAUCAACCAGGUCAGCCGCGUGCAAGGCAGAUGCCCUACACGCUGUGCUAUCACUCCAGCCCCUUUAGUUUUGAUUUUGAUUGCCUGACUUAAUGUUCUCAGUGAAUGGAUGUGUGUGUGUGUGUGUGUGUGUGUGUGUGUGUGUGUGUGUGUGUGUGUGUGUGUGUGUGUGUGUGUGUGUAGGGGAAACCAGAAAAUACAGAAGGGAGCAACUAUCAGAGGCACCUGACCGCUCAGAGCGCAGAGCCAGGGGCUGUGCUCGGGCUGCGCCAGCCGCCCAGCCCGCCCCCUCGGCAGCACGGCCUGUCCCGGGCGCACGUGGGUGUGGGGCGAGGCGGGAACUGAGCACUCUGUCCCCGAUAGGAACAUGGCGCCGCUCCCGGGGCUCCUGGUGCUCAGCUUGUCCUGCCUGCAAGGCCUCUGCUCAGCGUUCUCUCCUGUGGCGGCCGUGCAGCCCUUGAACUAUCAGCACGGGUACGGGCAGACCCAGGAGAGGCUGUCCCCUCUCACCUUCCUCAAGUUGAGCAAGCAGCAGGAGGCUGAUCCCCGCAAUAUCUUGAAGAGGUCCCAAGGAGACUGCAAGGGGCUCCCCACCCCAGAACAGAUACGCAAACUGGCGCAGGCCAUGAUGGUCUUCACCACAGACCUCUUCUCCUUGGUGGCCCAAACAUCCAACAGCCCCAACCUCAUCCUGUCACCUCUGAGCGUGGCCCUGGCACUGUCUCACCUGACGCUAGGUGCCCAGAACCAGACGCUGCAGAAGCUGCUGCAGGCGCUGCACGUGGACUCGGAGCCCUGCCUCCCCUCCGUGCUGAGUCACCUCUGCCAGGACCUGGGGCCCGGAGCAGUCCGCCUGGCUGCCAGGAUGUACCUGCAGAAAGGGUUUCCCAUCAAAGAGGACUUCCUGGAGCAGUCGGAACAGAUCUUUGGCGCGAAGCCCGUGAGCCUGACGGGAAGGAAGGAGGAGGACCUGGAGAACAUCAACCACUGGGUGAAGGAGGCCACGGAAGGGAAGAUCGAGAACUUCCUCUCAGAACUGCCGCAUGACAUGGUGCUGCUGCUGCUCAACGCCAUCCACUUCCAGGGUUUCUGGAGGAGCAAGUUUGACCCAAACCUCACCACGAGGGACGUGUUCCACCUGGACGAGCAGUUCAUGGUGCCGGUGGAGAUGAUGCAGGCCCACUCCUACCCACUGCGCUGGUUCCUGCUGGAGCAGCCCGAGAUACAGGUGGCUCACUUCCCCUUUAAGAACAACAUGAGCUUCGUGGUCCUGCUGCCCACCCACUUUGAGUGGAACGUAUCCCAGAUACUGGCCAACCUGAGCUGGGACACCUUGCACCCGCCCCUGCUGCGGGAGAGACCCACUAAGGUCAAGCUGCCCAAGCUGCAUCUCAAAUACCAGCUGGACCUGGUGGCCACCCUCAGCCAGCUGGGCCUGCAGGAGCUGUUCGAGGCCCCAGACCUGCGGGGGAUCUCCGAGCAGGGACUGGUGGUGUCCAGCGUGCAGCAUCAGUCCACGCUGGAGCUCAGCGAGGUGGGCGUGGAGGCGGCGGCCGCCACGGGCACCGCCAUGUCCCGCAUGUCCCUGUCGGCGUUCAGCGUGAACCGCCCCUUCCUCUUCUUCAUCCUGGAGGACGCCACAGGCCUGCCCCUUUUCGUGGGCAGCGUGAGGAACCCCACCCCCAGCCUGUCGCCCGAGCGGAAGGAGCAGCAGGACGCGCCCAGCGACAGGGACGUGGACAUCUACCACCUCCUGAAAGAGUUUGCCAGCGAAGACAAGUCCAUGGACCCCAGCUUGAAACUCGUGCCCCGCAUGGAGGAGGAGUACCCCGAGCCCAGCGGCCCCAAGUGAGGGACAGGGGCCGCCAGCUUCCUGAGACCUGGCUGGGUUCUCAACUCCUGAGACCCUUUCCAAACUGGCUGGCAGAAGGCGGGAGCCGAAGGCCGUGAUCCCGAGUCAUUUCUUCCCGGGGCUCAGGGGGGCUGGGGCCGGGGCGGAGGCGCCCACUCGGGCUGAGUGGCUCCACUUUGGUCUGGAAGGCGGCGGGUUCUUCCCUGAGUGAGCUGGAAUAACCUCCAUGAGGGUUUUCCCGAGAGGCAGGGCCGGGGCCGUGGGCUGCUCUCGCCGGGCCAAGGAGAGGCGUCCUCAGGGCUGGCGGGGCAGGGCCUGGGGUCGGACCCACUAGGUCAGCCUGGCUCUGCUUUGGGGGGUGGAGAUGGGACAUCCCACAUGAGCUGCCUCCUCCGUCAUGUCUGACCCCCAGCGCCUCAAUCUCCCUGCUGGCCCUCACAGACUCCCCCCCCACACACACACACACUGUGGGUGCCCUGCCCUCCUCUCUCCUGCCUUCCUCCUCUGCGUGGGGUCUCAGAGGCUGACAGGGAAGGGCCCCUUUGCUCUUUUGUAAAGUUUUUGUAGUGAUUUUUAUGCCACCUGAAUA